AUGUCCGUCCCCGUCAUACUCGCCUACAUGCUCCAGAACUCUCUUCAAACGGGUUCCGUUCUCAUUGUCGGGCGCCGAUCCGCACAAGAUUUGGCAGUUGCGGCGUUCUCCUACAUGUUCGCCAUGGCUACAGCAUGGCUGAUCGGUUUGGGCGGCACAACGGCGUUGGAUACGCUCGCAAGUCAAGCGUACGGAAGUGGUGGUGAUCCUCGACGCUUAGGUAUCCUCCUGCAACGAGGAUUAAUUGUCUUGACGGCAAUGUACAUCCCCAUCGCGUUCCUCUGGUGGAAUGUAGCACCGGUUCUUCGGUUCCUUCACCAGGAAGUCGAGCUCGCAGACGACACGCAACGAUUUCUCCGGGCUUUGAUCCCAGGCGGACUCGGAUACAUCUACUUUGAGGCCGGUAAGAAAUAUUUGCAAGCACAGGGGAUCAUGCGCGCGGGAACGUACGUUCUCCUAAUCGCCUCACCACUCAAUCUUUUAUCAAACUAUUUCUUUGUGUACACCUUGAAGCUCGGCCUUCUCGGCGCAGCAUACGCGACCGGCCUGACGUACUGGCUUUCCGCCGCCCUCCUCGCUCUUUACUCCACUUUCAUUCACGGUCACGAAGCGUGGGGUGGCAUCUCCUCCCGUUCGAUCCGUGAAGGUAAAUGGGAGUUCUUCACCCUUGCCAUAUCCGGCGUCCUCAUGGUCGGUACCGAAUGGUGGGCCUUUGAGAUUGUUGCUCUCGUUGCAGGAUCUUUAGGUGCGGUACCUUUGGCCGCACAAAGUGUCAUCAUGACCACCGAUCAGAUCCUCAACACCGUCCCCUUUGGUCUCGGUGUUGCAUCCUCCACCCGCGUCGGCAACCUUCUGGGUGCCCGCCGUGCAAAAGGCGCUGGACUCGCUGCCAAUAUAUCAGCCUUUACGUCCGUCUUCUUCGGUGGCUUGAUUAUGGUCCUCAUGCUCUCCGUGCGGUCCUCUUUUGGUCGACUAUUCAGCGACGAACAACCCGUGAUCGAGCUUGUGGCUCAUGUUCUCCCAUACGUGGCCGCGUUUCAAAUCGCCGACGGCAUAGCUGGGUCACAAGGUGGCUGCCUUCGCGGCAUGGGGCGGCAGCACGUUGGUGCUGUAGUCAACAGUCUCGCAUAUUACGCCUUCGCCCUCCCGCUCGGGGUAUGGUUGGCUUUGCGGAAAGGAUACGGGCUUGAAGGUUUGUGGAUGGGCCAGUGUGCGGCAUUAUUUACCGUGGGUGCAUUGGAGUGGGUGUAUGUGUACUCGACAAACUGGGAGAAGGAGGUGGACAGGGCAGCUCUUCGCAUGGAGUGUCGCCCUGGGUGA